UUUUCUUUCUUCUGCCUUCCCGCCUUUCCCUUUGUCUCUUUCAUUCCUGAUCUUUUCUUCCCCCAUGAGAUUAUACCCCUGCUAGCGCAUCACAACACGAGUCAUUUCAUCUCGUCUCGAUUGCAUUUCCACGCAUUGCCUCUUCCAACACUUCUUAGUACUUUUUGAGUUCUGUAAUACUGUACUUUACUAUUAUGUGGCCCAUCGACGAUUUUCCGGAAAUCAAUGUCCACUCAUACAUUGGAGUUAUAAUCGCCAUCACAGGAAAUAUUCUUAUUUCGGUCGCCCUGAAUGUUCAAAAAUAUGCCCAUAACCAACUCCAGCCAGGCGCAAAUACGGAUGCAAAGCUCCUUCAUACCAGACCGACAUACAUCCUUGAGGAGGAUCCCAUCAGUGUCCAGCAUGAUACCCAGCAUUUACAAAACAGUGCGCCCUACCAUGACAGCAGCGAUAGCGACGAUGAGGACAAUCGUGAGCGCACAAGCAUUCACAGUUCCCAGAGCAGUCGGUGCAGCCGCAGAAGCAGUCUACCCAGCAACCAUAACAGCGAUACCAGCGUGCAGACCGACACGAUUACUGCUGGCCCAAUUCGACCCGAUCUAGAGGCGUUUUAUACGAGCGAUACAGCCUCGGAAACAGAGUACUUGCGUUCCAAGGCAUGGUGGCUCGGGAUGACACUGAUGAUUUUGGGUGAAUGUGGCAACUUUCUGGCGUACGGAUAUGCCCAGGCUUCGAUCGUGGCUCCUCUGGGUACAGUAGCACUAGUGAGUAAUGUCAUCUUAGCACCGCUGAUGCUCAAGGAGCCCUUUCGGAAACGGGACCUCGUCGGUAUUGUGAUUGCGAUCAUCGGAACUAUUGUGGUCGUCAUCAAUUCCAAGGAAAGCGAGAUCAAGUUGACUCCCGAGGCUGUCGUUGCUGCGUUGCUUCAAACCCAGUUUAUUGUUUACUUCAUCGUGUGCUGCGUGCUAGUCACUGUCCUCAUCUCGCUCUCAGAUACGAUCGGGAGCGAGUACAUUUUCAUCGACCUUUCGGUUGUCGCCAUCUUUGGUGGUUACACGGUGCUGGCGACCAAGGGUAUCUCUUCUUUACUUAGUCUGUCGUUUUACAAGAUGUUCACAUACCCGAUCGCGUAUCUGCUCGUCUUUGUAAUGGUCUCAACGGCGGUACUGCAGAUCAAGUUUUUGAACAAGUCACUUCAGCGGUUCGAUGCAACACAAGUUAUCCCAACGCAGUUCGUUUUAUUUACCACCAGUGCUAUCAUUGGAUCAGGAAUUCUUUACAACGACUUUGAUGAGAUGGACUUCAACAAAGGCUUCAACUUUUUGACAGGAUGUUGUAUGACCUUUUUGGGCGUGUAUUUCAUCACUUCCCAUCGCGACAAGGACGAGCCUACAAUACCUACUGCAGCAGGUGCCGAAUGGGCCCUGGCGCCUCAGACGCAAUUUACGCCUACCCACCAUCAACGCUCCUCCAUGGAUUCUUACAUUACAAACCGUUUAUUAUACCCUCAGGAUCAAAACAGAUCAGAGUUGUUCAUGGAGCAGGGGAGGGUCCCAGUCCAAAGCCUGGGAUACGUUAUCCCUCAGCCUUAUGCACGCCCAAUAAGAUAUUCGCUUACUUCAGAGUCGGCAGGACUUACCGCCUCUGUUCCAUUGCUGGGCUCGUCGCAUAGACAAUCAGUUGCUGGAUCUAAGGAACAGGUGUCGUUUCUUACUAGCAGCGUAAAUGCCCUGGCAGCCGUUGGAUCAGCCGUCGGAACCCAUCAUACGGCACUUUUAAGUUUAGAAUCCAAGUAUGGCCGUAAAGGAGAUGAACGUCGCGGCAGUAUUCAAAGUCUCGGCUAUGUCCCUCAUGCGCCGUCGCGACCUCCUCUUGGGUCGCGGACAAGCUCUGCCAACAGUGGUGUGUUUCCUACACUGUCUAUCACAAAUCAUCCCUCCAGCACUUCGCUUGUCCCAAUGGAGCUCAACUAUGGCACCUCUCUACAAUCAACACCCGUGCAUCCUCUACGAUCCCAUACUGGACAUACGGCGGACUCACGCUUUCAGACACCUCAUCUUCAGGAGCGCUCAUUGCCACAGGACGGCCUCCAUAAGCAGCCACACCGGAAAGUGUCGACCCCUCAUAUGUCCAGGGAGCACAAGGAGACCAAAGGAACACCAUCUUCACUAAGAAUCAAGGCACCGGAUACUGCAGGCGUCGCUGUUCCAAGGCGGAAUGGCGAUCGACAUAUGCUCCCUUCACCCGAUGAGCAUGAUUCUCUGAGAGAUAUUGCUCAGUCUUUGGACUCUGCUAGUUCGUCAACACCCAAGGCCUCGUCAAAGUUCCUCUUGGCGCCUACGUUAAGCUCAAGUCCUGCGAAUCAAUCAGUGCAGGGAUCAGAAAACACACUUCAAUCUCUGAGAUCACCUACAGCUCCAACGGUGCACGGCAAUUAUGGCCACAAGAAUAACAUCAGCAUCAGCAGCAAUAGCAGCAAUCGUAGGGGCAGCACUGCAGCAUCAGUAUUGAGUGAACAGGGCAGUGCUGCGACGUUACCACCGUUGCCGCCACUCUCGGACAGUGGACCUCAGCAACACUAUCCGCGGAGGAAAAAGACGCGUGGUUCUGUGGUGUCUUCAACAUAUGAUUCGGAUCCGUCUAGCAUGCCAUUGCAGCAGACAAAGCGGAAUCAAAGUUCUCUUAAAGAUGAGGGUGGGUCCAUUACACAACAGUAAUAAAAAAUGAAGCAACAUUUUU